AUGUCGGACGAUAGCGAAUUUUUAAAGCAAAUUCAAGAGAGGGACAGUGCUGUCAAAUCGUUGGUGAGUUCACAAAAGUAUACCGAUGCUUUGAAGAAGGCUCUCGAGAAUCCACCUCUCGCAGCUAAAAACAAGGAAACCAAAAAGAAGAGCGCCGAUGUGGUCGCCACGGUUUUACUCAACACAAAGGAAAGCGACAUUCAAAAGAGUGUUGAUGCUCUUGAUAUUGAAGAAUUGGACAUUCUCAUGAAGUACAUUUACAGAUGCUUCGAGAGCGGUGAAUUGGAUUCCAAGCCAUUGUUCAAGUGGCACGAAAAAGUCUUGGAAAAGAGUGGAAUGGGUUCCAUUGUUCGUGUUUUGACUGAGAGAAGAAAUCUCUAA